GCCACUGUGGGCUGGGUGGGGGCUCAGCCGCCUCUGACUCGGAGUCCGCGUCUCACUUUCUUCAAGUUCCCCUCUCCGAUGGUGGUACGCGGAGUGGUGGCGUCGUUGGGUGUCCUUGUUGCCGCAUUCAUCCUCACACGCGACCUCUGUGCCGCCUCCCACAUGGGCCAGCCGCAGCCAUCGUCAUUGCAGAUGGCAGCCGUCAGCCCAUGCAGUGAAAAGGGGUAGGCAGGCAUAUGAAGCAGAGGCCUGCGGUCAUUUCUCGCUGUCUGUGCUGUCUGCCUGCAGCGGAUCAGACAAGCCAACCGAGGCUCCCAGAGGGAAAAACGAGGCCCUGUCACGGACUGAGGGUCACGCGUAUGACGACGAUGAAGACGAGGAAGAUGCGCCCCCCCCACCGCCGUGCAUUCCCCUUCCUAACCCAGGCAUCAGACACGAGCCCCUGCCUGAUGGUGAGGUGUGGUGUGGCGACCUGGAGCUGCCCCCCUUGAGAGAACAGUGACAGAUGGAUGGAUGGAUGCAUUGGUAUACACAGUAAUAAAAUAUUGGUCGGUUGGUUGGUAUGUGCUCAAGUCGAUUUGUAUGUACAGUAUGGUGUUGACCUUGUCUCUGUGCGCACACUUACACAUGUACAGACAGACAUCGAACGGGUAAUCGUGCAUUCUUCUGUCGAUGAUCAAGCAGCCGUAUCGACA